AUGACGGACACUUUGCUUUGCUUUUUCAACGGAUGCCAAAAUGCGGCGCUGUCGUCGGGCAAAUGUGAAGCCCACAAAACCCGAGCCAGGUGUAUGGUGGCGCCAUGCCACAACCAAACGUACGCCCGCAACUUGUGCGUGAAACACGGGGGCAAGCAAAAAUGCAUCGCCGACAACUGCACCGCCAACGCCAGAAGCCACGGCCUGUGUUGCAAGCAUGGCCCCAAGUCCAUGAAAACCCUUUGCGAGGUCGACGGGUGCACCAAAGUGGCGCAUGCCCGGCGUCGCUGCGUCCGCCACGGAGGGGGCCGCGUAUGCAAAGUCGAAAGCUGCGCCGCGUAUGCCCGGUCCGCGGGCCUGUGUUGCCGCCACAGCUACGUCCAAACGGAGGCUACCCUCGCCAACAAGGUUUAUAACUACCCCGCGGCAUGUGAUCCCACCGACGAAUUGGUGGCCCUGCUCGAAGAAACGUCCAUCUUGCACGUGAACAACGUGAUUGAUGUGUCAAAUGACAGCGACUGCAGCAGCACUGCGGAUGACGGCAACCCCGUCGCGGUUGAAUUUUCCAACGAGGACUGCGACUGGCUCGAGUACAUGAUUUCCAAUAUUGUCUGCUAG